AUGACGAGUACGGUGUUGCCAAUAUUGUGCCUGAUGGAUUGGCAUUCGCCGAAAUGUCGUCUGAAUGCACCACCACCACGAUUUGCGCCAAACUACGACGUCAAUAAAGCGCGAGCACAUGAGCUGGCGCGAAAUCGUGCUAAAUCUGCGAUUCAAGGCGAUGAAGAAGUCGCAGAGAUUUCCUCACCAGUAUUGCCUGAGUCUAACUCUAUGGGAGAAUCGAGUGAAUAUGAUGAUGGCUUCUUCACACCGAUACUCCCAUCUGUUGCGACAGCCCCACGACGAGCUGUACAUUCAAAGGGUGAGUCGAGCAAAACGACCGUACCACUCACCACUACUGUAACCACUACCACUGCACGCACUACCACUACCGUAACCACAAUCACCUCAACCACUAUGAGCACUACU